UGAAGCUUAAAAAAAAUACGAAGCUAUAUGCUAUGUGAAAUCAAAUAAAUUAAAUAAUGGAUACUUAAUUACAUAUAAUCCUGCUCUUGUGAUCUGUAUUGCGUACAGAUUUCUGGAGCUGGUGAGGGAAGAGAGAGAGAUUGUUGACUCAUAAAUUCUCUUCAAUUUUCUCUCUUGCUGUUCACGCUUUAACAUUACUCAAUCGCACCAUAAACCUCGUGACUUUGCCUCAAGAGGAGAGUAUUGAAACAGCAUUUAUUUCUAGGAAUUUCACCGAACCGAGGUUCCUCAGCUGGAGUUUCGCAUGGUGACGAGAUCAAUAAGUAAAGCUAAAAGCUGCAAGCGCAUGUCAAGGAGUUAUUUUCAAUUUGCAGCUAGGCUCGUUUCUGGUGUUGCAUGUUUCUAGAUGCACCAUUCUCCGGAAGAUAGAAAACGGCGUCAGAGAAUGAAGGUUAAAAACAAAUAUCAGAAACAAACUGCUCUAAUUUUUCAUGCAGGGAGCAAAUGCUCGAUUUCUGUCGUGAUCUGGAGCCUCGUUGGGUUCCUUGUUAUGCUUCAUUUAUACACCUUAAUCCCACACAUAAGUACACACACCAAAGAGAUUGACAUCACCACGAGCCAUGACCCUGUAUUGCGUGAGCUGGAGGAGAUUGAGGAGGAAAGAAUACACAUGCCUCCCCCAAGAAAACGAUCUCCGCGUGCCGUGAAGAGAAAACCCAAGCGGCCAAAUACCUUAAUCGAUGAAUUUCUUGACGAGUCUUCUCCAAUGAGGCACGUGUUCUUUCCCAGUAUGAAAACUGCAGUAGAUCCCAGGAAGAAUGCUGACAAUGGUAGUUACUACUAUUAUCCGGGGAGGAUAUGGUUAGACACUGAUGGGAAUCCCAUUCAGGCGCAUGGUGGUGGUAUUUUAUAUGAUCAGAAGUCGAGCACUUACUAUUGGUAUGGGGAAUAUAAGGAAGGGCCCACUUAUCAUGCUCACAAGAAAGGAGCAGCACGGGUCGACAUCAUCGGCGUGGGCUGCUACUCCUCGAAAGACCUUUGGUCGUGGAAAAACGAGGGCAUCGUCCUCCCCUCCGAGACCCACAACGCCAGCCACGACCUCCACCCGUCCAACGUCCUCGAGCGCCCCAAGGUCAUCUACAACGACCGAACCCACAAAUACGUCAUGUGGAUGCACGUCGACGACGCCAACUACACCCGGGCCCACGCGGGCCUGGCAGUCGCCGACCGGCCCACGGGCCCCUUCCGCUACCUCGGCAGCCUUCGUCCCCACGGCUGCGACAGCCGGGACAUGACUCUGUUCAAGGACGACGACGAUGAUGGCUCCGCCUACAUCAUCUACUCCUCCCUCAACAACAGCGAGCUCCACGUGGGCCGCCUGACGGACGAUUACCUGGGCCUUGCCGGGCCCGUUAGCAGGAUCCUUGUGGACCAACACAGGGAGGCCCCUGCAGUGUUCAAGCAUAAGGGGACUUAUUACAUGAUCACGUCUGGGUGUACGGGUUGGGCCCCGAAUGCGGCCCUGGCCCAUGCGGCGGAGUCGAUGAUGGGCCUGUGGCAGACGUUGGGGAGCCCGUGUGUGGGAGGGAAUGAGGUGUACAGGGGGACGACGUUCUUUGCGCAGGGGACGAAUGUGGUGCCUGUGCCGGGGGUGAGGGGAUUGUUUGUGUUCAUGGCGGACAGGUGGAACCCGGCGGACUUGAGGGACUCGAGGUACGUGUGGCUGCCGCUGACGGUGGGUGGGCCCACGGACAGGCCUCUGGACUAUGGGUUCGGGUUCCCGGUGUGGUCGAGGGUGUCUGUGUACUGGCAUAGGAGGUGGAGGCUUCCUGGCAGAGGGUGAGUUUUUGGGGAACUUAAUGUUAAGUCUUNAUUAUUUUUCGUUAUUAUAUUUUUACCCUUAUUAUACAGUAUUAUAAAUAUAAAUUUGUAAUGUGAGUUUUUGGUUGAUGGAAGUGGUAGUUAAUGAGUCACUUGCACAGUUGCAGUGAUUACUCUUUAAUAUUGAGAUUAGAAAAAAACACAAUAAUGG